AUGGCGGCAACAGUGUCUCCUUGGGCCAAACCUGGCGCUUGGGCCCUCGCCGCCGAAGAGCAGGACGCCGAGCUCGAACAAGAAACCCAAAACGCACGACACGUCGUUGAGCCGCCCUCCGCCGACUACCCAUCUUUGUCUGUAGCCGCCACCGCCAAGCCCAAGAAGAAGAACAAGGGCCAGAAAGUCUCCCUCGCCGAGUUCACGGCCUUCGGCGCGCCCAAGCCCGUGGCCCAGCCCGAGGGCCUCACCCACCAGGACCGCAUGCAUCUCCCGACCGGUCCGCGCGAGCGAACCGCCGAGGAGCUCGACAGGAAUCGGCUCGGCGGCGGGUUCAGGUCCUAUGGGUCUGAUCGAGGAAACAGCAGGUUUUCCAACGGCGAAGAGUCGUCGGAUUCGAAGUGGGGUUCGGGACAGAGGAGGGAAGGUGGAUUUGGGAAGGAAUCGAACCGCGAUGGGCCUUCCAGGGCCGACGAGAUUGAUGAUUGGGGCGCUGCGAAAAAAUCGACGGUGGGAAAUGGGUUUGAGAGGAGGGAGAGAGGAGCAGGAGGUAGUUUCUUUGGUGGGUCACAGUCGAAGGCUGAUGAAUCGGACAGUUGGGUAUCCAAUAAGAGCUCUGUGUCGUCUGAGGGACGGAGAUUCGGUGCUUCCGGUGGUGGGUUCGAUCGGGAGAGGAAAGUGGGGUUCACAUCUGAUGGAGGUGCUGAUUCUGAUAAUUGGGGGAGGAAGAAGGAGGAGAGUAAUGGUGGGUCUGGUUUUGAUCGAGAAAGAAGAGUUGGGUUCGUAUCCAAUGGUGGUGGUGCGGAUUCUGAGGUUUGGGGGAAGAAGAAGGAGGAGAGUAAUGGUGGUCUGAAUGAGGGUACUGGAAGGCCGAGGCUCAAUUUGCAGCCGAGGACACUGCCUGUGAGCAACGAGACCUCACCUGGGUCGACGACAGUACCGAAACCCAAGGGGUCAAACCCGUUUGGUGAGGCGAGGCCAAGAGAGGAGGUGUUGGCAGAGAAGGGGAAGGACUGGAAGAAGAUUGAUGAGGAGCUCGAGUCGGUGAAGAUUAAGGAGGUGGCUGAGAGAGACCACUCGCCCUCGUUUGGGAAGAGGAGUUUUGGGAUAGGAAAUGGGCGUGCCGGUGAUCGAACUGAGAGAGCUUGGAGGAAGCCUGAUGUGGCAGAUGCUCGUCCCCAGAGUGCUGAGGAAAAUGAGAGUAGGAGCAGUUCUGUGGAACCAGAGAAUGGCCAUGUUGAUGAGCAUGUUGACAGUCAUGUUGACGGGCAUGCUGAUGAGUGA